AAAAUUUCAGUUGACAAACAAUUUAGUCACAAUUAAGUUCAAUUUUAGUUGACUUUUAACACUUAAUUCAUUGAUUACGGUUAAGAAUCUAAUUUUAUUCAUCUAAUUGUAUUUUAUAGUUAAAGUGAAUUGUUGUCAACUAUCAAAGACAGGAUGCCAGGGAAUGGAAAAUUAGAUACAAACGCUGUCGCGAAUCGAAUUGAAAAAUGGCUCAACGAUAUUCGGACCGCAAUCGAGAAACACUCAUUUCAACGUCGUAUUGUUCAACCAUCUAAUGGAAACGACGAUCAACCAGUUGAUCAAGAUGAACAAUCUGGAGAAAAUAUCGCAACUUGGUUAACCGAUGAAAGAAUGACCAUCACCAUGGGUCAAGUGAAACGAGAGUUUUCUGGUUUAACAUCGGACAAUUUAGAUCCAGUGAUAAAAUCAGACAUCGAGGAAUUGGUCAGGAAAAUGACUUCAUAUGAAUUGGUAACAAUUUGUCAGAAGAUUGAUUUUUGUAUCGUUAAAAGCGGAUUAGCUGAGACUGGAAUCUUUUUGUACGAGUUAAUCCAUAAACUCGGCCUUCAGGAUACCACAAUCACCGAACCCAAAACACGAGUGAUGAUAUCGACGCUUAUCGGUUCUUUACAUCGAUCGAUUGGUCCAACAACUCCGUUGCAUAUUCUAGUUCAUUUCAUGGGCGAUUUAGAUGAAACUUUAGAAAAGGUCAAGAAAAAUCCCAGAGACUCAUCACUAAAAUUGGACAAUAUGAUCUCACUUUCGUGUUACCUUGUUGCAUCUAAAUCGUGUUCCACUAAAUUUUUAGAAACAAUUUUAACAAAGAUCGGUCAUUGUAGCGAAGAAAAAAUCAAAAAAAACUUGAACCGAGUUCUUCAAUUGACUAAUUGUGUUCUCGAUAAACCAAAUCAACUUAGAAUCGAAAAAGUUCUAGCCCCAUAUCGAUCCAAAAUCGAAUGUGAUCAAAUCAAACCAUCGUCAUCUAAAUCAUCCAAAAGCAAAAAGUGACCUGAUUCUUAACUCGAAUGCUAAUAAUCUGACCUUGUAUUCCAACCAAUUUCCUCUUAAUUGUUUCCCCAACUUGAUUCCUUUACAAUUGGACAACUGUCACAAUCUGUGACAACAAACAACUGACCUGUGAUAUUAAUAAGAAAAAAAUUGAUAUUAUAAAUUGUAAACAAUUAGAAAGACUAGUUUAAUUUUUUUUUCUUCGAUGAAAGUGAAAUUUAAGGAAGGAAAAGAGAAUCAUUUUCUUAUAUGUAACAAUCAAAUGUAAAAAGACAAUUUAAGUUUUCUAUUAAACGAGAAAAAGGUCAAAACAUUAAUGAUCGAAGGAGAUUAAUUAUGGA